AGUUCCUCCGCAGCUCCGUUCGCCUCAGAGGAGCCAGCGGCCGGCCAAAUUCUCCCCACCCUUCCCUCUCUGUCGUCUUCUUCUCAUAUUUUCUCGGAGAAAAAUUCCAGCGAGAGGCAAUUUUAUUCCCGGGAUAGAGGAGAACAAGAGAGUGUAAGAGGAAACGAGAGAGAGCUCAUGGCUUCCCUACUUGCCUCCUCGAAGCUUCUCUCCACCCUGUCUCCUCCUCCCUCUACUUCUCCGUCGUCUCUCCUCUUCUCCCCUUCUUCACCCUCUCUUCCGUCUCACUUCCUCUCGUUUCCACUCCGGAGGAGCAGCAGAUGCCGUUUGAGGGUAGUUCGGGCCCAGGAUCCUGACGCCGUGGCCGGGGGCGGCGACUCCAAGCCCCCCAAUGGAAAUCUGCCCAAGAGCAGGAGGGACAUUCUAUUGGAAUAUGUAAGAAAUGUUCAACCGGAGUUUAUGGAGUUAUUUCUAAAAAGGGCACCACAACAGGUUGUUGAAGCCAUGCGCCAAACGGUGACAAAUAUGAUUGGAACGCUCCCUCCUCAAUUUUUUGCAGUAACGGUUACCACAGUAGCUGAAAAUCUGGCACAACUUAUGUAUAGUGUCAUGAUGACUGGCUACAUGUUUAGGAAUGCACAGAACCGUUUGGAACUGCAGCAAAGUUUAGAGCAGAUCGCUCUUCCAGAUCCGACAGAUAAGAAGGAUGUACCUGAUUAUGCGCCUGGCACACAGAAAAAGGUGACUGGAGAGGUUAUCAGGUGGAAUGAGGCUACCGGCCUUGAGAAAAUGGAUGCAGUGAAAUACAUAGAAAUGCUUGAAGCAGAAAUUGAGGAACUGAACCGCCAAGUUGCAAGGAGAUCUCCAAAUGGACAGAAUGAACUUUUGGAUUAUUUGAAAUCUUUAGAACCUCAGAAUUUGAAGGAACUGACAAGUAGUGCUGGAGAGGAUGUUAUUUUUGCUAUGAACACCUUUAUAAAGCGCCUUUUGGUAGUUUCAGAUCCUGCAAAAAUGAAGACCACCGUCACGGAAACAAGUGCUCCUGAACUUGCCAAUCUGCUUUACUGGUUAAUGGUGGUUGGCUAUAGCAUUCGCAAUAUUGAAGUGCGCUUUGACAUGGAAAGAGUGCUGGGCACUACUCCUAAGCUUGCUGAGCUACCACCGGGGGAGAACGUCUGAAGACAUAGCAGCAGUUAAUUCUAAUUAAAGUGAGAGUAAAUGGCUGUGAGAAUUGCCAUGCUAGUGUACCUUAAUCCAUUGAGCAUCCAGUUUAUGUACAUGCUCAGCAGCCACACAGCCUAUUGGCGUCCUAAAGGCUCCAUUGCAGAAGAGAAACUGUCUCUGUUCUUACAUUAGUAGUAGAAGAGGAAAUUAAAUUGUGCCCAUGUAUUUUUUUUAUAAUAUAUAUAAGAAUGCAAGUUUCAAAGAUUUUUUAGGUUUUA